AUGAGCAUACGGACAGCAUUGAUCGUGGCUGUUAUAGCUGUCUAUGUGGCAUUGUGUCGAUCAUUAAGGUAUCGAAGGCGCGAUACUGAGCUUUCACAGCGGCCAUACCGCACCCGCGAGGAUUUCAAGAAGAUGACUGCCGAAGACGCUUGGCAGAUCCUCAAUUAUGUUCAGGGCUGCGAGUUUCCAUGGAUCACAGGGAAGGCGUUGUCAUUUGCCCUUUUCAAGACUUACGGUAUUCCUACAAUUUCAAAACUACUAUGUGAGACUCAACAGUUGGGCAAAGUCGAGUAUGCUGGAAGACGCUACACCGACACUAGCGUCCUGAUCGCAGAGUUCCUCAGUUACAGUCCUACUUCAGAGCGCGCCAACUCUGCCAUCGCUCGUAUGAACUACUUGCAUAGCAGGUACCAGAAGGCAAACAAGAUCAGCAAUGACGACCUACUUUACACGCUGUCAUUGUUCGUCUUAGAAGUCGAGAGAUGGAUCGGGCUAUACGAGUGGAGGGCGCUUACACCAAUGGAGAUCUCUGCUUUGGGCACACACUGGAAGGUCGUUGGUGAAGCCAUGGGUAUCGAUUACGCCACUCUCCGCCACGGCCCUUCUUCCUUUCAAGAUGGCCUAGAGUUUUUCGAAGACAUGAAAGAGUGGGCCAACGAAUACGAGAAAGAGCACAUGAUACCCAACAAGUUCAACCAUCAGUUGGCAGAGGAAACCACCCGCAUUCUUCUCGCUAAUGUACCUGAUGUGCUUAAGCCAUAUGGAAAGCAGUUUGUUGCGGCCUUGAUGGACGAUCGACUGAGACGCGCCAUGAUGUACGACGACCCUGCACCAGCCUACUUGAACAUUGUCAAGGUCCUCUUUGGGCUGAGGAAGUUUAUCUCGAGAAAUUUCCUUCCACCGCGACCUACUGCAUUACGAUAUAGCCUUGUCAGUGACAAGCCGGAUGCGAAGACUGGAAGGUAUUUUAUGACAGAGUAUGAGGACGAGCCAUGGUAUGUCAAACCUACCUUCGCUGCGCGCAACUCCCCUCUUGCAUGGCUGCGCUGGGUCUUUGGCAAGCCACAUCCUAAUGGAAAGGAUUACAAGCCUCAAGGCUAUACGAUCUUCGAGGUUGGGCCAGAGAAGCUGGAGGGUCGUGGCCUCGAUGAAUGCAAGGCAAAUCGCGACCAGCUUCUGAGCAAGGACCGAGGCAGGUGUCCUUUUGCGUUCUCGUAG